GUGGGUUGUCGCCUUCUCCUUUUCCAAUACAAAACUCACCCCUUCCCCCUUCCCAUUUCCUUCAAACUCUCUUCUCUCCCAUUUUCUCUCUCUACAAUAAUAAUCCUUCUUCUCUCCUCGGCUACCUACCUCCCCGCCGCCGCCGCACUCACGACUCAGUUUGCAUCUAUCAUCACAACCGUACAAUUCACGAGAAUCAUUUCGACAUUCGCAUACUGAUGUCGUCAUCUUCAACCAUCUCGAAUCCCGAUGCAAACUCCAAUCGCACACGAGAAUCAAAGCGCAAAAAGAGAAGAAAAAUCGAAGUUGAACCGCAAAACACAAACCUUGAUCAAUCUAAGUGGAGAACUGAUACAGAACAACAGAUCUACUCUUCUAAGCUUCUCCAAGCACUCCGUCAAGUUCGCCGGAGUAACGACAAUCCGUCACGCGCCGUCAGGGAAACCGCCGAUAGAGUACUCGCCGUUACAGCAAAAGGACGGAGUCGUUGGAGUAGAGCUAUUCUAACUGGUCGGCUUAGCUUAAGGCUUAGCCAAAUCAAUAAAAAGCAUAAGAAAGCUAAGCUGAAUAGCGGUAAUAAUAUAAAGUCGAGAAAACCAGUGGUGAAGAAGAGAUUACCGGCUUUGCAACGGAAAGUUCGUGUUCUAGGCCGUUUAGUUCCAGGCUGUCAGAAACUGCCGUUUCCGAACCUUCUAGAAGAAACUACUGAUUAUAUAUCAGCUUUAGAGAUGCAAAUCCGAGCCAUGACUUUUCUCACUGGUCUCCUUAGCGCCGGUGGAACAGCCGAUCGGCUCGGCUAAAUGGCUCGUUAUUCUUUUUUUUAUUUGUUAAUAAUUGAGAGUUUUUAUAUUGGUGUAUUUUAUUCUAUACAUGAUGCCUCUUUAUUUUUUCC